CACGGAAGUUUGACCCUACCUUCAAAGGACCCAUCCACAACAGGGGCUGCACAGAUGUGUUCUGCUGUAUUCUCUUCAUCUUGGCCAUACUGGGAUACUUUGCUGUGGGGAUCCUGGCCUGGUCUCAGGGGGACCCCAGGAAGGUUAUCUACCCGACUGACAGCAGAGGACAGUUCUGUGGCCAGGCCGGGACCCCCCUGGAGAAGAAACCUCUCCUGUUCUACUUCAACAUCCUGAAGUGUGCCAGUCCCCUGACCCUGCUGGAGUUCCAGUGCCCCACCACUCAGUUAUGUGUGGAAAGCUGUCCUACCAAACACAUGACGUUGCUGAAAGCUUACCUGAACAAAGGAGAGCAGGAGUACUACAAGCAGUUCUGCAAGGAAGGAGUGGACUUCUCCAAAAUGAGUGCUCCCGAGAUCCUGAGGGAUGGCCUGUGUCCUUCCAUGCUCAUGUCCAGCAAACCAUUCACUCGUCGGUGCCUUCCAGCUCUCAGUACCAUGAAAGGUGGUGUGGUUGUUGUUGGCAACGAGACUAUUUUUGACAACGGGGAGGGAGAGAAGGUGAACGCCACGGAUUUUCUGGACGCUUCAAAGAAGUCCAAUGUGGUUGUUGAGGCUCGCCAGGCCAUGAGGAUCUUUGAGGACUACAGGGCCUGGUACUGGAUACUGAUUGGUCUGGUGAUAGCCAUGGUGGUCAGUCUCAUCUUCAUCGUCCUCCUGCGCUACCUGGCCGGGAUCAUGAUCUGGGUCAUGAUCGUCAUGGUGAUACUGGUCAUCGGUUAUGGGAUCUUCCAUUGUGCCAUGGAGUACCGCAACCUGAGGGGAGAGCCGGGUUCUGACGUCACUAUCCGUGAUCUGGGACUGCAAACAGACUUCUCUGUUUACCUGCAGAUCAGACAGACCUGGCUGGCUUUCAUGAUCAUCCUGUCCAUCGUGGAGGUUGUUGUCAUCCUGCUGCUCAUCUUCCUCAGGAAGAGAGUCCUCAUCGCCAUCGCCCUCAUCAAGGAGGCCAGCAGGGCUGUUGGCCAUGUGAUGUCAUCACUGUUCUACCCUCUGUUGACAUUUGCCCUGCUGGCCCUGGUCAUAGCCUACUGGGCUAUCACCGCUGUCUUCCUGUCCACCUCCAAUGAGCAGGUGUACAAAGUGUUCAACACCACUGAGUGUGAGUACUCCAGAGACACCUGCAAUCCCGAGACGUUCAACACCACCAACAUCACAGCCCGGUGCCCGGACGCCGAGUGCCUGUUUGCCUUCUACGGAGGCGAGAGCUACUACCAUAAAUACCUCAUCAUGUUCUUCUUACAACGUGUUCCUCUCUUCUGGUGUGCAAACUUUGUGACGGCGCUGGGUCAGGUGACCCUGGCUGGGGCCUUCGCAUCCUACUACUGGGCCUUCAAGAAGCCUGACGACAUCCCAGCCAACCUCUGCUCCUCACUUGGUCGAGCCCUCAGAUACCAUACAGGCUCCCUUGCCUUCGGUUCCCUCAUCCUGUCUCUGGUUCAGGUCAUCAGGGUUCUGCUGGAGUACCUGGACCAGAAGCUGAAAGCUGCCCAGAAUCGCUUUGCCAAGUUCCUGCUCAGCUGCCUGAAGUGCUGCUUCUGGUGCCUGGAGAAAUUCAUCAAGUUCCUCAAGAACGCCUACAUCAUGGUGGCAAUAUAUGGUAAAAGCUUCUGUACCUCAGCCAGAGAUGCCUUCUUCCUCCUCAUGAGAAAUAUAAUCAGGGUGGCUGUCUUGGACAAGGUGACCGACUUCCUAUUGUUUUUGGGGAAGCUCCUCAUCGUUGGAAUUGUGGGAAUCUGUUCUUUCUUCUUCUUCUCUGGGAGGAUUAAGGCUGUGGAGCAGACUGCCCCCUCUCUCAACUACUACUGGGUUCCCAUUCUGACGGUGGUGGUGGGAUCCUACCUGAUUGCCCAUGGAUUCUUCAGUGUGUACGCUAUGUGUGUGGACACACUCUUCCUCUGCUUCUUGGAAGACCUGGAACGCAAUGACGGAACUGCAGAGAGACCCUACUUCAUGUCUCAGAACCUUCUCACCAUUCUGAAGAAGUCCAACGAGGAUCAGGCCAAGACUGUAGACUAGCUGUGUGUGUGUGUGUGUGCGUGCGUGUAUGUGUGAGGAGAACAGAGAAAGAUGAGGUCAAGCCGCCUUGCCUGCGCAGUGUGCUGUGUGUAUCGAAUGUGCCUUAAGAUCAUGAUACUGUAUGGCUACAGAAGGAUGCCAUCGUCACAAACAGAGAGGUCUGAAUGAGUAGCCAACAUAUUCCGUUGUGUUUCCCACAGAAGGUGUCUAUGACAGAGCUUAUAAUUUUUUUUUUUUUUAGAGAUGUAAAUCUGUUCUUGUUUUAUUAUCAUUUUUGUUGUUGCUUUUUGUUGUGCCUUUUGUUUGGCUAGGCUGUUUUACUUUGGCUAGGCUGUUUUACUUUUACUUUUUUUACUUUUUGCAGUCCUCUUGAAACUCUGAACAUACAAAACUUUGAUACCUUUUUUUUUGUGGCUGACUAUAAUGUGUUCAAUUUGAACACAUGUUUUACAUGAGAAUUCUCCAAGUUUUUGUCAGUUUUCUCAAAUGUAUAAUGARUUACAUAGAUUUUCUCACAAUUAAUUUACAAAAAUGUUUUGCUUAAAUGCUAAAUAAUUUUUGCAUCAGGUUUGUUAAUAGUAUUAUUUUUCACUAUUGCUGCUGUUGAUCUUUGUAUAAUGGCUGCAUAUUGCAGUGUACAUUUACUGUAACUUACCAAAGUAAAGAAAACAUGUUCUAAUGCAGUAUUAGUUUUGGGACUGAAGGUUUGUUAAGUAGUCCAUGGGCCAGUGAAAAACAUAGUCCACUUUGGGGUGGUAAAGGUUUAAUAGUCUCAUCUUAUUCCCCCCAUUCCUAUGAACAAAUAUAUAUGAUACCCACUCCAAAAGAGGAGCUUUCUAUGCUUUUCACACCUUUAUAUGUCUUGUUGUAUGGGAGUCUAUGCAAUAGAAUGUUUGCAGGCUGAUAAUUAMAUUYUAAAGCAAGUUUGAAUGUUCACAUGCUCAUUGAAAAUGACUGUAUCAAACAACAAUGGAACAUUCUAUUGGGUGGAUCUCAUCGUAAAAACAUGGUAUUUGGUAMAUUUUUGCCAUCUCUUCGAAAUGAUUUACCUAGACUGACUCAUCGUUGAAACAACACUGUUACAAAUAGCGGAACUAGAUAUUUCUAUACUUCCCAUUCUGUCUUGAUAUACCCCAAAAUGCAUACAUUUAUGACCUUUGACCCCCGAAAGAUGGGACCAGAUGGGACCAUAGAGACGUCAUUACCAUUCCAGUUGUUUCAUACCUUAAUAUGUUGUAUUAUGAAGUUAAUAACAUAUAAAAUUCCCUUCGUUUGAAAAGAUUGUUCCCAGAUAAUACAACAUUAUUUCAUACCAUCAACCCUGUGGGCUCAAUUAACCACAUAGGGGUCAAAACACAAAAUGCACACAUUUAUCUACCGCAGCAUCAUGGGUAUGUAACCCACUGACAUGGACCUAAAUGAAAAUCAUGAUUAGACUUUGCCACCCCAAAGUAGACAAAUAUGUGAAAUUUGGCCUGCUGGCCCAUGGACUAUUUACUUAAUCUCAAAUGCAAGCUUUUGUAUAUUUCAUUUUCAAGAGAAGGAUUGUGUAAACGUGUGUUUUUGGAGCAGGAUGUGUUGUAAAUAAACCAAAACAUUUUUUUUCUGCUACAUACUAAAUUAGUAUUUAAAGUUAUUGUAUCUAGAAAAAUACAUAAUUAAAGUGAGCUGAAGUCAA